CAAACUUUAGGACAACAUUGGCUUCUCUGACUGACUGGUUUGGUACAUUAGCUAGAGCCUUUUUACCCCCCAAAAAACAAUGAAAUACCAAACGUAGUGAAAUACAUUUAGUUCCCUGGACUAAAUGACGGGGAGAAAUAUCGACCCUUUGUCACUUGAUGAGACCAUUGAUGAAGGGAAAGAGGAGAAGGAUGUGGAGAAGAGGAGAGCCUCGGUGUGGGAACAUCAGGAGCUCGCCCAGAUUCCCAUCAAGGUGCUGAGGGGUCACACAGAUGCUGUCACCGGCUGCCACUUCUGCUUUGACGACACCAAAGUCCUGACCAGCUCCCAGGACAAGACGGCCGCUCUGUGGGACACGGAGAGUGGCGCCGCGCUGUUGGUGUUUGAGAGAGGACAUCUGUCCAACAUCUCUGAGUGUGCCUUGAUCCCUGACAAGAAAAGGCUGAUUACUGCAUCAUGGGACAAGACCCUAAAUGCAUGGGACCUGGAGACUGGCAAGAUCAUUUGGACUGCAGCUCAGGCUGAUCACCACAAGUCUACGAUCACGCGGUGCCGGUUUGAUCCUCAGAGUCAGCACGUAGCCAGUGUCUCUGAAGACAGAACCAUCAAACUGUGGGACCUGGUCUCCACCCAAACCACACUCUCCAUCAACAGGUGA